CCAGCCAUGCGCGCCUUUUAACAUUUAAUUACGCUAUAUAAAUCUGAAAAAACAAUGAAUAACUCGUAGUUGACAGGCCAAAACCAUGAGGGCAAUCACGCUGAUAUGUUCGGUGCUAUUCUUGGCCAUUGCAUCUGCCCAAACUGAAGUAGAUCAGCAGCAAUGCACCACCGUCUGCCAGGUCACAAGCCAACCCAACGUGAACAACGAUGGCAGCUUUGUAAUCUACAUGAGCGAAGAUGUAAUCUAUUUCUAUAUGAUCCAGUACAACGCUUUUGUAGUCGUCAACAUCAAACUGCGUCUUGUAAUCGUCAUUGACGGCAACAACGGAACCAUAACAUCUUUAAACCCCGACACAGGUUUUGGUAUCAUAACCAACAUCGAAACUAAUCUGGUGUUUGCCUUCACACAAAAUUUGCAAAUUUUCGACAUCACUACCAUCAACAGUGGUGACUACUCAGUUGUCGUACAGAUAAUCGAGUAUGUUUAUCAAUACACAGUUAAGGUUGUUGGCAGUAACAUCGAUACCACUGAAAUUGGCUACGCAGAUUCCACUGUUAUUCUUCGUGAUUACUCUACAACCACAGACUUCACCCAAUGGGUCUCCUACGGGGAACAGACUGAGGUUGUACAGUUGCUUAUCCAGAGCAAUACACAGGUUGCCGAAAUUUUAUUCAAAUUGUUUGAAAGUCAUGAAUACACAGUUGAAUGGGGUCCUGUUAUGUAUCUGAUUGUUGCUACAGGGUCUUAUGAAAUCAAUGAUCGAUUACUAAUUGAAUUCAACAACUUUGCUGUUUCAAUCGUGCGUACUCUGUAUGGAAGGUUUGAUAGUUAUCUGAUGAAAGAAUAUUAUUUGAUUCUUGUCUCUCAACAAACGCAAACUACUGAAAUUACGAUUGAGCAGUAUAGGAACCUGACAUGGGUGAUCAACGGAGUGGGUACCACCUAUGAAACCCUCCAGAUUGCUUUGAAUGCAUACGCAGAACAAACCGUUGUACAGACUUAUGUUAGUACCAUCAGUGUUAAUGAAACCCAUAGCUACGUGGCAUACAACAGCAUGCGUGAAGGUACCUGGUUGUUCAGGAUCACCUACAGCCAACAACACUACGUUCAGGUGACAGCGAGUUACCAUGAUGGUUACAUGGGUAUUUUUGAUCCUUCACAGGAUUAUACUAUGGUUUUCACAAGUACUAAUAAGUUUGCUUUGAUUAAUUACAAAACUGGAAAUGGUUUCAUUAUUGAUGGAUUCACUCAAUCAGCUACUUAUCUUGUGGCUAAUAGUGAAGAAAUAAUUAUUGCGUUUGCUGAAGGCCGUUACAUUGAUGGGUUUAAGAGAGUGAAGGAAUUAACCGAAAAUACUGAAAUUGAAGAAAAUGCGUCUUUCAAUGCCACGUUGUUCUUCAUUGCUUUGAAAAAUGGAGAUUCCUAUGAAAAUAUGUUGAGCCAAGAGCAGUUGGAUAGUUUCCAGGCAGAUUUUGCACAGCUUGCUGAGCAGUUAUCCGAGGUUGACUUUGAGAAUGGUUUUGGUAUUAGUAACAUUGCUGUUGUUAUGCUAGCUGGACCUAACACCAAAUUCUUCCAAGAUGGUUUUGUUGCUUUGUUAAGCCGCAUGUUUUAUUUUGAAAUUGCUGGAGGUCCUUUCUACAGAAUCUGUUAUGCUGGUAUAUUGGAAAAUAUUCAUAAGGACUUCAGUGAACAGUUGUUUAUGAACACCUAUCAAGUUACCCUGUAUGUGAAGAAGGAGAAUAAGUCAAAGGAAGAUAUUAUUGAUUUCAUGGAGUCCUUUGUACGCUUGAGUACUGAACCAACUAUUGAUGUAACUACAGAACAGUUUACUAGGGACGGUUCUAUCAAUUAAAAAAUUGAAAAUUAUGUAAAACCGUGUAGAUAUUAAUCAUAUGAGCAUUAUAAAAUAAAAGACACAUCCGAUUUUUUUAAAAA